GUGUUUCUCUGUUACUGUUUGAUGAAAUGUCUGACACUGACGUACCUUCUAAGGGUGAUGAAGUGGACCGCAGGGUUACUUUUAGUUUGGGGAGGGGCCAACAUUACAUGUCAUUUGGAAGGGGUAGGCCUAUGCCUUCUAGUGCAUAUGAAUGUUCUGUUGAUCAGUCUGAGCUGAACCCCCCACCUGUCCCUGCUGCUGCUUCUACACCCAUUGGCAAUGCAAGGUCUGACCUUAGCCAACUUGUUUCUACUGAGGCUCUGAGUGGGGUGAUUGCUGAUUUGGCUAAGCAGAUUGGGGAUGCCAUUACAACAAACCUGAGUGGGCUAAACCCACAAAGUCAAUCACAAUCUCAGGUUGCUGACAGCCAUCCCAGCGACCCGACCGAUCAGUCACAAACAAGGUUUGUGGUUCAGUCUGAUAUCAGGGCACCACCAUAUUUCAAAGGUGACCACACUGACACUUUCUCCAUCCAGGAAUGGGAGGGUUUGAUGAGAUGUUAUCUGUCAAGAAUAAGAUGUGUGAACCCUGUAGAAAUGUGUGAGAUCAUCACAUCCAGACUUAUUGGGAAAGCUAGAGAUGUGGUUCAGGUGUCGCUUCGCUGCCAGCCUCAGUCAUGUAGUGACAAGUUAGUUUCUACUGUUUUUGAUAUUCUGAAACGCAACUUUGGUGAGCUGAUCUUCUCCAGUUUACCAAUGAGGGACUUCUAUAAUAUCCUGCCUGCUGAUGGGGAGACAGCCAUGGACUACUGGAUUCGACUGAACAAGUCUAUUGAAGCAGCUGAUGAGUGUUUGCGUAGAAGGGGGAAGCAGGUGGAGGAUCCAGGAGCUGAAGUUGUUACAAUGUUCAUCAACCAUUGUCCUGAUCCUGGUCUAGCUCUUUCCUUCCAGCUGAAACCUAUUGAGGAGUGGACUGCUGCUGAGGUCCAGAGCCGACUUGAUAACCAUGUUGCGAGCCUUAGGAAGCCAAUGGUUACUACGAACAGGGCUGUUGGUUCAUCUACAGGCCCUGCUGUUCUCUCCUGUCUUCCUCAGCUUGGUGCUCAGUCACCCAGUGCUGCGUUGCCAGCCGAUGUGGCACCAUUUGCUGUCCGUUAUCCCCAAGCUGCUUUAGCAUGUGAUCGUUCUUCAGCUUCAGGGCCCUUAUAUCAGCAGCCACAGCAGCAUGUUGCUCCACAACCGACUCCCUUUCAGAACGCAGGUCUACCCAAGCCAACUUUUUCUUCCAGUUCAGGAGUCGAACCACCUCAUCAGAUGGCAGAGAUGUUUGAUAAAGUUCUGUCUUUGUGUGCAGCUUCUCUUGCUACAAAACAACAUGGUCAGCAUAUGGGGAGUUACACACGUGGUUCUAAACGUCCUCAGCAUGCUCCAUGUAGGGUUUGUUGCUCGGAGGAGCAUACAACACAUUCACACUGCAGACUGUUCAGACUGUGUCUCAACUGCUUCGGCUCAGGACACAUUAAAAGGGAUUGUCCUCAGCCUGCUCAUCAAACACCGCAGCCGUCCUCCCAGUACCCUAGUUUAAACUAGAGAGCCCGUGUGAUGAGAGGGGC